CCGUAGAGCUAGGAACACACAUGUAUCAAUGCUUCUCACCGAACUAGAGCAAAAUCUGUGACAGUAUCAAAGGUGUUUUGCAACUCGUGCGUAAGAUUAUUUUUUUUACGAACGUGUCCCACUUCAGCUAAUUAAAGGUGACCAGGAGGCCUGCUUCGUGUUCCAUUUACUUGAACGCUACGUACGUUGCUGCUGUGGAAUUUCGGGCUUCCGCACCAUUCAAGCAGGCCUUGGGGUUGGCCUAGAUUUGGUGUGAUGGCUAUGCCGGCACGUAGGACCGAUCUCUGGUCCAAUAUCACCGUGCUGCGCAAGGCCGUUCUCAUCUUCACCGUUCUGGCUGGCCUGGUCGGUCCCGUCCCAGCAAGCUUCAUCCGCUUCAAGCCGGACACAGAGUACAUCUAUUCCUUCCACUCUUCCACGGAUUUGAAGAAAGUUAGGACGUUGCGUGUGGAAUCCAAGAUUGGCUUCGUUUUGGUGAAAAGAUCGAACAGUGAUCAUCAAGAAAUUUACCUUCGGGUUCACUCUGCGGAAGUGACCAGCGAGGAAGAACAAGUUCCCGUAAGCGAGGAGAGAAACUUUGAUGAGUGGUUUUCUUUUGAUGUCAGUGAGAAUGGAGUAAUUGGUCAUGUGUACUACCCCCGUGAUGAAGAUGAUCACGUGAUCCUGGCCAAAAAGGGUCUGACCAGCUUGUUGGCCAGUAACCUUCAACAUCCCCCCGAUGGCACGGUGAAAGAAAACGGUUGGAGCUACAAUUGCACUGAGUCGGGUCACGAGGGUCACCAUGAGGCGUCAUACACCGCUCAGAUGGCUCCGGGCAAUGAUGGGAUCAUCGUCUUCACUAAGACAAGACAUACUCAUCCAAUACCAUACGGCAAAUCCAAACACCAAAAGGAGAUCCACUAUCACCAGGGCAUGCAACUACCAACUAUGGUGAAGAUUAUGGACCACUUUGAUGCUCCCAGGAAGUCAACACCAGGAUUUGAGCAUGGGCUCCAGAGGAGUGAAGAAGAUAAAGGAGAAGAUUUCGAGCUUCCGGAGAUGCAGAGCUACUCCGAAGGGCAGCUGACCUUUGUCCGGGAAGCACGCUACCCCUCGCCCACGGGGCCACCCGAUGAGGAGGAUAUCAUCACGGACUCAAUACACCUGAAGAUGACACCAGAUAGACACCAAAAUUUCAACUUAACAGAACUGAAGGAAGUCAUAGCAGGUAACCUGACCUGCAUGAGAACGGCAUCAGUGAAAGGUCCCAAUGACCCGAACAAGUGUUUCCAGGGUUUAGUAAGAGCUUUCCAAUCUGUGCCCGAAGGACAGCUGAAUGAAAUUGUUUCUCCUAUGUAUAAGCUGCCACUCUCCAGACGUGUUCGCGACAAGCAGGAUCGGCAGAACAUGAUGGAUGCGGUUGCCGCCCUGCUGACAGAUGCGUCACUGUCACUCCUCACCGAUCUGAUUCUACUGUCUCCAAAACCAAACAAGGAGCUGGUAGAGAGACUACUCAUCACCUCAGCUGGUUUCGAGCACACUGUUUCGGAGCAUUUCCUGGCGACUGUUGAAGAUAUUGUCUUCCAGCCUGGAAAAUAUCCAGAAAUUUUAAGACAUCCUGAGACACAGAGAAUAGCUGUUAUGGUUCUUGGUGCUCUAGCCGGCCAUCAGUGGAAGACUGGAUACAAACAUCAAGCAGAAUCUAUUAUCCUAAAGAUAGAAGACAAACUGGGCGUUCACGAUCCCUGGGGAUAUGAGAGAACCUUGACGUCUCUCACUGAGGACGAACAAGAAGAGUUCCACCACGACACAGUGGCUUUGAUUGAAGCCCUGGGCAAUGCUGGGCUGCAUCGCUCCUUCGCUCACAUAGAGAGCUUCACCAACUCCAGCGCCACUCAUCCGCUGCUGAAAAGGGCCGGCCUGCACUCCAUGAGAAACUACCAUCAUGACUUGGCUGCAGAGACUAUGUUGAAAGCUGCCCUGGAUGAUAACGAGGAUGAACAUGUCAGAUAUGAGGCUUCACUGUUCUACAAAGUUCAUCCAAACGGUGGCAAGCAAAACAUCUCCAAGUUUAUCAGCCCCGAGGGUGUCUCCGGCUCCAAUUCUUCCCAAGACGUAACCACUACAGAAGUAGCGAGCGUUCCUUCCAGGCACCGUGUCCGGCGCGGUUUCUUUGACGGCAUCGAAUUGAAGUUGGCCAGCCCGUCAAAGGAUUGGAAGAAGCUUAUCGGCAAAACACAGACAGGAGCAGAGUUUGGAUUGACCAUCAGAAACCAACUAGACAUGAAAAUAGCUCCACUCAGCGGCCAUCUCCGUGUGGAUCUUUACGACGAGGCUUAUGCCACUGUUCUGGUUGGACUUGUUGGUCAGAAAUUUGACAUGGCCAGAGCCCGCUUCUGCUUCAAUGGGUACAUCGAGUACAACCUCAACAUUUUACAGGAAUUUGGCGUCGACCGUAUUAAUGAACUUACAAAAUUAUAUGACACUGUCAUUGGGAAAGUCGUUGGUAACAUCGUGAGAGGAGUGGACAUCAUCGUUGAUCUAUUCAACGGUGACAGUAGAAUCAGCGAGCUUUUUGAUGAAUUAGUGCAGACACUUGAGGGCAUCCCAGGACGUAUCAGUAAUGUAAGAUCGGCAGCAGCUAAUGCAGUGGCCCGACUGUCUCAGUUUGACCCAGACCAACUUCCACCUUCCAUCAGGGGGGUCAUCGGUGUGGUCAACAAGGCUGCCCAGCUCUUCAGUGAUAUCAAGACUGAUGUCAUGGAAUUCUAUCAGGCUGUCAAUGAAGCAAUCACUGUCACUUUGCCCUGGGCAGCAGAGCAGAUCUGGACGUCCAUUAUUUCAAUUUCAGACACCAUUGGUGACUUGUUAAAGUCACCUUUGAAAGCCAUUGGUGAUAUCUUCAAAGGAAUCAUCAAUAUCAAGACGGCAGUCGAUGCAGUUAUUGAAGCCAAGAUGAGAGUGGAUGAAGCCAACUUCUUCAAGGAAGGUCAGAGGCCCUACUGGUUUGAUCUGCCUAAGGUCAUCAGUGAUAUGCUCAGAGAAUUGAGAGAGCACCUCAGUAAUAUCAAGAGAGACCUGGUCGACUGGGUGAAAGAGAUCGCAAGUUCGUUAGAUCCGAUCAAGAGGCUGACAGGGGGCGCAGUUGACUCGAACACCCUCAGGAGACAAAUUGCCGCCGAGAUCGAAGCAAUCAUUUUGGAUCUGAUAGGUCCGAUAGAACCGAUCGAGAAUCUGCUGGCACCAUUUUUUGAGCUGUAUGAUCUGGUUGUCAACACCAUUGAGGGCAUCAAAGAAGCCUACCUAACUCUGAAGAAUUCAUACCAAGAGUCUCAAGCUCUCAUCAUGAAACUCUUCGGACCCAAAGCCCACAAGAGCUUUCCAAGGAAAUUCCGUGAGCCUGGAUCCGGCGGUUGUGCAUCCGGUGGCUUCUACCCAACCGACUCAAACGGACGUUACCGGGACAGAGGUGUUGAUCUUGAGAUACCGCCAGGAAUACCGCUGGUGGCGCCGUUUUCAGGCCUUCUUUUCAAGAGCGCCGGUACACCCAACCAAGUUACCCUGCUUGCCCGUGGUGGGGCUUUCCGUAACAUCAAGAUCUACAUUGACAACAUUCAGCCCAACAGCUCCCUGUCUGUUUCCAAGGGAGUAAAUGUCAUAGCCGGCGCCAGGAUUGGCACAGUUAUCCGAUCCACGUCUUGCACGCCCCCUAACUACAUCCACUUUUCUAUGAAGAACAUCAAGCCCAACCGCCUGGCUUCUAUCCUGGACAGUAAUCUCAAUGACGACCCCUCUCCCGCCGAUGAUGCUGCCAAGGAGGGGUACGUGGACCCCACCAACUACCUGGCCAAGAGGCCCCUGGAGAUACCGCAGUGGAUUCAAGUUUGCGACGACUACAAGCUGGUGUGGAAGGGACGGACAGUGAAAGAAGGUUCUCUGCUCAACCGGGACAAUAAGAAGGGGAACAAAAAGAACACCAGCCCCGGACGGAAACCUCCUCCAAACACCCAAACUACAAAGCCUAACCCGGCCAGGAAACCACCAAAACAGCCAUCUUCCCUUGACAAUGCAGUAUCGUCACCAGAGAAAAAACAAGAAACUAUGGAGGCGCUUGACCUUCCUGAGACAAAAACUGGCUCAGGAUCACCUUUCAAGAACUUUACUCUGCGGAACCUUAAGAUUGGAUCCAUUCUGGCAUUUGCCCGAAAGUUAGGCUUGGAAAAAACUGCCGAUGACCUGCUGACAGUUGUCAAGACGAUAGUUAAACUCGUGAGUGAUAAGCCGUGUGUGCUGCCUGAGUCUUUGACAACAGAUUCCUUGAGGAUUGAGCUCCAGCAGCGUGGUCUGAGCUCACAGGGAGAUAGGGAGACCCUAAUCAAGCGAUACAAACAGCCCGAGGAUCGUUGUCCCCUACUUCAAGUGUCCUUGCCCAAGAAUGUGUACUGUAAGAUUGACGAGAGCUGCCUGGGUGUUGAGUGCUGCAUGAAUGUCAAAGUCUUCAUGGUGUCUCUGGCCUUCAAGGCAUUCAUGCGCUUUGACCCCUGCGAGUUCCAGUUUGUGCUUGGGGUCAAUCAGUGGAACCACACCAUCCAGAUAUUUGAUGCUGAAUUUGGCGAAGAGUUGGAAGUGCCAGUCCCCUUUGACAUCCCAUUUAUUGAUGACAUGGAAAUGCGUCUCAGGUUUGGCAUCGAGAAGAGCAGGACUCAACUUCUGGUGAGCAUGGCCGUGGGUUUCUGCCCAACAACCGGAAAUGCCGAGUGCUUGUCAUUCAUCGAUGUCCUGAAGGAUUCAGCCAUCCCUCUACCCAUCUGCCAUCCUAAUGGGACCUUCACAUGGCCAAACAUCGACCUGGAGGAGUACUUUUCUAGAGCUGCCUUAAAGAACCUGAUCAAAGCGACGGGAGAGGAGUUACUGCAAGCAGGAACAGAAGCUGCUUUGAACUACGUCCUGGAUGAGCUCGGCAUACCAAGAGAGUUUUUGAGUGACAAAGAGCCGUGUCCAACGCCGACAAAUAUGAGUAAAAUGCAGCUGAUCGACACACUUGAGGAGAGGCAACUUGCAGUUACAGGAACCAAGACAGACCUGGAAGCCAGGCUGUCUCUAGAUGACAGAACUUGUCAGUUCUUCACAUUGCCAGCAUUCCCCCCUGAGCUGGCCAAGGUGGCCUACUGCUCACUGAGUGACAACUGCCUCCGUCUUGAUUGCUGCCUUGAGCUCAACAUCGAAAACCUGAAAUUCCGCCGGUCGUUCAAAGCCUUUGUGGAAGUAGAUGCCUGUGACUUCACCUUCUAUGUUUCCUUUCAGCACUUGCAGUACAAGAAGUUACUGCUAAGUUAUGAGUGGGGCCGACCAGAAGAGCAAAACAUCGGUGACGCCAUCACCCUCAGGUACUCCAUCAACAAACUGGAUGCCCAGAAGGAGUUUGAAAUUGACUUUGGGGCAUCUAUUUGUUCCGGCAGUGAUGAUUGCAUCUUUGAUCUGGAUAUCAUUCAGGACUACAGAGUCCCCAUUCCAUUCUGCAAUUCCAAUUUCUCAUUCUCUUUACCAGGUGGUGAUACCUUGAAGGAUUUUGUGACUCAGGUUGGCCGAAAUGCAGGGCAACAAGCUGUUAACAUCUUCCUGGAGUAUAUUGGGCUCAGGGAUAAGAUUAAUGAUGGGCCAUGUGAUACAAGUGCCCUUGUUGGAGAGGAUGAAGAAGAAUGCACCGCUAUAAGUCUCCCCUCCCUGCCCGCUGGAGUGACCUGCGAGCUAUCACACCGAUGCCUUGGCAUUCGCUGCUGUGCCGAGCUUGAUCUCAGAGUGACCAUAUUGUCAGUCAACACAUGGCUGAUACUGGACCCUUGUGAGUUCACUCUGUCUAUGGGAUUUGGAAAGUGGUCCUUGACGUUCACCAUAUUUGACUAUCACUGGGGUACCCAAGAAGAACUCAAGAUUGGCAAAGCCUUGACCCUGAUCUACACCAUUGACAAGCUGACAGAGGACAAGGUGUUUGUGCUGGAUCUAGCCCUGUCCCUGUGCCUGCCAGAGUCAGAGUGUGACACGCCCUCUAUUGACAUCCUGAGGAAAACCCGGGUCCCAAUUCCUCUCUGCAAUGAGAAUGCUACAUUCACUCUUCCAGGGGAUGGAACUAUUAAAGGUUUCCUGCAGACGGUUGGUCAGAAUGCUGCGGAAUCAGCUGUCGAUGCCAUUCUAGAAUAUCUUGGGUUGUCUAAAUACAUCAGUAGGGAACCAUGUGUUCGUCCACAAGUCACACAGAAUGGUUGGCAGAGAUUGUGUCCCAGAGAUGUCAGACUUCCCCGUCUGCCCAAAAACCUUGUUUGUACCCUGCCGGAGAAGUGUCUCGGGUUCGAUUGCUGUCUGGAGCUUCCCAUCCCAGGGAUUACUACCAUCAGCACCCAGGUGUCCUUCAUCUUUGACCCUUGUAACUACAGACUUUCCUUGAGUCUGGGCAGCUGGAGCUUGGAGCUGCAAGUCUUGUCCUAUCAAUGGGGUCAACAGGAAGAGGUCCCUGUUGGAAAACCCAUCACCCUGAGUGUGACUAUCGACAAGUUAGAUGCAGAGGAAUCCUUCCGCAUCAAUCUGGACAUCUCGAUUUGCAUCGACAGUGACUGCACCACCACACCAGUGCUUCAGGAUUCCCUGGUCCCCAUCCCAUUCUGCAAUCUCAAUGCCUCUUUUCAGCUGCCAGGAGAUGGCAGCUUUGCAGGGCUUGCCAGGGAACUUGCUGGGAAUGUUGGGGAACUGGCUAUCCAGGCUGGUCUCCAAAAACUUGGAAUUCAGCAAUAUGUUAGUAACCAGCAGUGUGAUAUGGAGCUGCUUGCCCCAAGCGAAAACAAAUGCCCUCUUCUGAGGCUGCCCCCUCCAACCAACUUCCUAACCUGCAAAAUAGAUGACCGAUGCCUUGGCCUCACAUGCUGUGCCUCCCUUGACCUCAUCUUCACCCAGCUGUCCACUACCGCUUGGGCUGUCUUAGACCCCUGCGAAUUCCAACUGUCUGUUGGGCUUGGUUCAUGGUCUGAGAAUCUGACACUCUUUGAAUAUGACUGGGGAGUGGAUAAAGUGUUUGAUAUCAGUGAUUCUGUGCGCAUAGAGUAUAAUGUUGAUAAAUUGACAGCACAAAAGGAGUUCCUGAUUGACCUGUCUGUAGUCCUGUGCAUAGACGGCAGCUGCAGACCUAUCCACCUGCUCCAGGCAGCCCACGUGCCCAUUCCAAUCUGCAACCCUAAUGCCACCUUCACCCUGCCCGGGGAUGGCACCAUUUCUGGCUACCUGGAGAGCCUGGGGGGCCAAGUCACGGACGCAGCAAUAGACCUAGUGCUGGAAUACCUGAAUCUCAAGAACUUUCUGUCCAGAAAUCCUUGCACUUUGCCUCCUGCCUUGCCAACUGGUGAUGACAGUUGUCCCGUGCAGUUUCCUGACACCCCUCCCCAGUUGUUGUGUCGAAUUGGUAGCCGUUGCACCAGUCUCCACUGCUGUCUGAAUCUUGACAUAAAGGUGACCCAGAUCAGCUCCAGGGCCUGGUUCAUUAUUGAUCCAUGUGAUUACACCCUGUCCGUCGGCCUGGAGUUGUGGUUCUUUAAUACAUCGCUGUUUUCAUAUGAGUGGGGAACUUUGGAAAGCUUCAUGAUCGGAGAUGCUCUUGAUGUGAGGUUCACAAUUGACAAAUUGGAUGCCACCAAGGAGUAUGAAGUGGAUCUUUCCUUCUCCUUCCGCAUCGAUGGCGUGGCCACAGACUUUCCCCUCAUGGCUGACCAGAGGAUCCCGAUACCCAUUUGCAAUGCCAACUUCUCCCUGGAGCUACCCGGGGACGGCUCAGUGAAAGGUUUCCUGAAAGAGCUGGGAGACAAUGUGGGCCAGGCAGCCAUACAACUGGUCCUGCAAAAGUUAAAUCUUCAGGACGUUAUCAGUGGGGAAACCUGUGAUAUACCACCAGCUAGUGCAACAGAUUGCCCAAUGAUCUCCCUACCCUUCCUGGAGAAUGUCGUCAAGUGCUCCAUUGACAACCGUUGCCUUGGCAUCCAGUGCUGCAUCACCCUGGACUUUGUCAUCACUGAGCUCAUGCUCAGUGCAAGGCUUCACCUUGACCCGUGCAACUUCCAGCUAUUUAUAGCCUUUGAGAACUGGAACCUGAAUGUCACCCUCUUCAGUUACACCUGGGGCAAGGUCGAGACUGUGGAUAUUGGAAAUGCUAUGGCAGUGAGCUUUACUAUUGACAAGCUGACAGCAAGGAAAGUCUUUUCAGUCACCUUGAACCUGAUGCUGUGCAUUGAUGACACCUGCACCACAACCCCAGUACUGGACCGUGUCUGGGUUCCCAUACCACUGUGCAACACCAACGCCACCUCAUUCACCCUACCGGGUGAUGGGACGGUGGAGGGAUUCAUACGAGAGCUGGGCGGACGCAUUGGAAACUCUGCCAUUGACCUAGUGCUGGAGAAAUUUGGCCUGAGUGAAUAUCUCAAUACUGGGCAAUGCAACAUGGGAACACCAGGGACAUUGAAAAGCAGCUGUCCGGCCGUGGGUGUCACCCAGCUCCCCGACUUCCUCUCUUGCACCGUCGCCGAUUCCUGCCUGGGCAUCCGGUGCUGUCUGGAGAUAGACCUGAAGAUAACCACUCGCAGUGUCACUGCCUGGGUCACCCUGGAUCCCUGCAACUUCACCCUGUCUGUGGGAUUCGAGAAGUGGGAGCGCAGCGUCACCUUGUUCCAUUACCCCCUAGGGGACGUCAUGGAGGAGGUUGUGAAUGAGGUCCUGAGAGUAAGAUGGCGUGUGGCUAAGAUCACGGAAGACAAGCAAUUUGAGGUCGACUUGUCCCUGGUCAUCUGUAUAGAUGGAGCAUGUGACACGCUCACCAUAUUGGAGGGCAGUCGUCUACCAAUACCACUGUGCAACACAGAGGACUCUUUCACCUUGCCUGGUGAUGGCACCAUAUCAGGCUUCCUGUCCUACCUGGGUGGCAAUAUCGGUCAGUUUGCUGUGGACGCAGCCUUGCGUCAUCUAAACCUGGCCAACUUCCUCACAGGGAAGGCAUGCUCGUAUCACAGACAAGAUGUCUGCGCAAGUUCCACCAGUAUCCUAGGCAACUGCUCCCUGAUUGGAGAAACCUGCACAGAGCUACGGUGCUGCCUGGAACUAGACCUGAAGAUAGCAGACGUCUCAGCCACGGCCUGGUUCAAGUUUGACCCCUGUGACUUCACCUUCACGCUGGGCCUGGAGAAGUGGUCCUUCCACGGUUCUGUUUUCAGCUAUCAAUGGGGAGAGGAAAUGACAGAAUCGAUAGCUUCUGGCAUGACCUUGAGAUAUUCUAUCAACAAGAGGGAUGAUACCAAAGAGUUUGAGAUAAGCGUGACGCUGGAAUAUUGUAUUGAUGGAUUGUGCACUGACAUCGACAUCCAGCAUAACAUCCCCAUUCCUGUGUGCAACCCAGACUUCAGAAACUACACCCUCUCUGCCGAUGGAUUCAUAGAGACUGUGUCAGGACAAAUCAUUCAGGGAGCAACGCUGGCCCUUCUCUCACGGCUUGGAAUUGACCCAGACUUCUUCAGCAGUCAACCGUGUGUCAACCCCAGUGGACCACAGUCCUUUGGCAAUUGCCCUAGCAUGCAGCUUCCCAGUAAUCUAACCUCCCUAGCCCACUGUGGCAUCCUCGACUCCUGCUUUGGCGUAGAGUGCUGCCUGGACAUAAACCUAGGACCGCUGAUUCACUCAUUCAGUGCCUCCAUGGUGAUAGACCCUUGCCUUGGCCAGCUGACACUCCAGUUUGGCAACUGGCAGUACAGCAAAUCCCUCUCACACCUUGACUUUGACACUAGUCAGGAGGUCACCAUUGGAAACUUCAUCACGCUCAGGUACACCUUAGAGUUGAUGAAUAGCAAGAUAUCAGUCAAUCUGUCCGUAGAUGCAUGCAUUGAUGGGCACUGCACUGGAGAAAUCAUGAUCUUAGAUGGUGCAGUGUCUCCUCUUCCCAUGUGUUACCCUAAUGGAACCAUCUCCUGGCGUAAUUUACCAGGAAUAACCUCUGUGUCUCAGCUGGGAAGCCUGGAUGCCGGAUUUGAGGCUGUGGCUACGGCUCUUGGCUUGCCACCUCGUCUAGUCUCAGCCUCACCUUGCCCUCCUGUGAUCCAGCCAAGUCAGUCUGGAGUAUGUCCACACCUCCCCACUCUGCCCACCCUUCCAUCAGGGGGUGUAUGUCACUAUUCUGAUGCCUGCCUCGGGGUCGAAUGCUGUCUGGCAGUAGACCUCGGCAUCAUCAGUCGCACCCUGAGGGCAUGGCUGACUGUGGACCCCUGUGACUUUAAACUGAGUGUGGGAUUUGAGAACUGGAGUUACAAUGUUACUUUGUUAAGUUACAAGUGGGGCAAGGUGACAAGGGAAAGACUGAGCGAUGCCGUCUCGUUGACCUUUACCCUCGACAAGACCGCUGACAACCGUAACUUCCUCCUGUCCCUCUCCCUCCAACUCUGCAUCGCUGGGGUCUGCGCUCCAGACCUUGUCAUCCUUCAGGACUUCACAGCACCCAUACCAUUCUGUAAUCCAAAUGGCACAUUGGAGUGGGCUCAAGACUUGGUUGGUGACAUUGGUGACUAUGCAAGUGGCCUGGUUGUCAACCGUCUCAGCGUCAGUGCCGAUGUUCUCCUACCUCAACCAUGCAGUGGUCCACCAGAGCAGAUCACUCCAGCAACCACAGGCUGUAGCUCCCCUUCUCUACCAUCAUCCAUCGCACAGUAUUGCUCGCUGGAUCAGUCCUGUCUCGGGGUCGGUUGCUGCUUGAACUUUGACCUGGGCGUGGUGCAGAGGUCAUUUUCUGUGUGGGUGAAGCUGGACCCGUGCGCUCGUACAUUCUCAUUUGGGUUUGAGAAAUGGAGUCACAUUGAGAGCCUUGGCAUACAACUAUUGCAGUCUCAUUCAUUUGAGAAAAACCUGGGAGUUUUGAAAAUCAGGUAUGAUGUAGAGCGUCCUCACAAUACUGUCUACGAUGUUGACCUGGACAUCAGCCUGUGCUGGCAAGGUGUGUGCGACGAGCCCGUCAUCAUUCUACGGGAUGCAAUGUUCUCUGGGCCAGACUGCAGUGGAGGCAGCAGCACAAGGAGAAGGAGAAGAAGUGUGGAUGACCUCUCCGAUGACUCUGCUGAGGGAAUAGACAACAUGGACCUAACAGCCAAUCCCAUAGACAAGGCCAGGGACUAUUUCAAGGCCCUUCUCAACGGAUCUUCCACCUCGUACUCGGCAGAGGACAAUGCCAUGACAAAGCUUCAGCCGGAUAAGGUUGUCAAGCCAACGGUUGCUGACUCGGGUACAGCGAGCCGUCGUUCCAUGGGUCUCCUUGUGUUUGGAGAAGAAGAAGAAACUCCGCCUACCAGGAGGCGGAGGAGGGACCUCUCUGUCUCAGUGACUUCAGGGGGAGCUAGCUUGUUCGACCUCAGCCUGACACCCGGUGCUGACUCUGGCACUUGGCAGGGAGAUGUCAUCGUUGGUGGAGGAUUAACACAGAAGGGUCUGGAUGCUCUCGGUCGUCGCAUCGCCAACAUGACCAUCGGGGAAUUGGAAGCAAUGCUGGACCUUCAAAACAUUGACCCGUUUACUGUGGUUCAGCUGAUGAAGGACCUACGCUCUCUCUUCAGGACCUUUGUGGAAGAGCUCAUCGAUGUGUUCACUGAAGGCAUUGCAGAGGAUAACUUUCAGCAAUUUGACAUUGUACUGAGCGGCACCAUUUCAUUCCCCAGAGUGAAUGCCGUGUAUUUCCGAUACGAGUACAGGACACUCCUUGGUGGGCUGAUAUGGCUGGAGUUCAUCGUGGAAUCUGGUGGUUUCUUUGAAAUGCAGAUACCCGUGUCAGUCUCCCUUGUUUCAAUGCGUGCUACGGGCGGGGCAGUGCCAUCCGUGGGGGCAUAUGCUAGGGCUACCGUGGCUAUUUGCUAUGGGUUGUGUGGAGAGAUGGAACUCACAGCUGAGAUGCUCCGAACGUCUUUCCCCACAACGGCUGAGAUAUUCUUCUCCAAAUUCCCGCUGGAUGUUGGAUUGAAAUUGGAUGUAGAAAUGAUCCCGUUGACAAUUGUGCUGAAGGGCAAGGUCACCAUAAGAAUCCCGUUCUUCGGGAAGAAAACGCUUUUCCAGAAGGACCUGUACCGCUACCAAGCCUCCAAAAUUUCCAGCAACAUCUUCUACAUUCAGACCAAGGAUCCUGAUCCCUCCCCACCAGAGAUUUCAGAAUAUUCUACAGAGGAUGGUGUCAGUCAGUCUAGUGCUGGAGGAAACAACUGCGGGAUAGAGCAGGUGCCAGGGCUAGACUACACAGAGCCAGCCUUCCAGCUGGAGAUGGUGGCAGCUGACGACAAGAGCUUGGUCACGUUCUUCUACCAGGUCGGGACAGCCCCAGGAGGCAGUGAUGUACUCUCCAAGACUGAGUUUGGAGGACCCUCGGCAAUCAUAUCCCAGAUUCUUCUUGGUGGGCAUCCACUCCAUUUCACCGUUUACGCCAUGAAUAACGGAGGAGGCACUGCCACGGCAACCUGCAGCCUUCCGACCUUUGACGUCACCCUCCCGACGGGCCGCAUCACGCCAGACUUCACCUCUACCAGCCACCCGCACAUACUUCGUGCCUCGGCAGUGGUGUACGACGACUCAGUCAUCUUGAUGCAGAAGGAAGGCGUCGGGUUUGGCCCUGAGAUCUGGGGGGACCAGAUUGUACCAUGGCAUACCGUUGAUUUCACAGAGAGGGAAAACGUUGGACCAUCAGUUAAUGACUUUCACUCCUUCACUGCUGCCAAGCUUGGCCGCCUUAUCUCCACACCGACAUCGACCAUCAUCCACCGCAACCCCAACUUCUGUGCGAGGGACUGCCUUGCCCUGCCAGAAACCAAAUGCCUGAGCAUCAACUACAACUACGGCGACUUCACCUGCGAGCUGCUGGAAGAAAUUGAGGGCCAUGGGGUAGAGGUUCGCGAGUCUGGACUCUUUUCCCACUUUGAGCGGCUCGGUGUGGGUCACGCUGUUGAGUUCAAUCAUGAGUCGCUGGGGCUUGUCCACAACAACCUCUACUACUUCAACAUUGAGCUCUUGAAUUUCGUGGCUUAUGAGAACAUCAUUUCAUCCGUGGCCAUCACUGCAGACUUUACGCCACCAGAACCAGGACUGAUCAUCAACAGGACCAGGGAUGAAGUGGUGCAUGAGCCCUGUGUGGAUUUCACUCCAGAGGAGUGGGAGAGACGAUGCAUUGAGGACACACCACUGGAUAACCAUCGAUAUAUCUCUGAUGGCCCUGGUUCCAUGACGGUGUUCAACGGCCAUGAGGAACUAGUAGACAUGCUGUACACAAGAAGCAAUACCUUCAUGGCAGCCAACUGGGAAGGUUUCCAUGACAAUGAGACCGGCAUCCAUGGCUACACCUGGUCCAUUGGUUAUGAUGUCUGUGACGAUGAUGUCAGUAUGCACAUUGACCCCCAUGCUCAUCUAUUUGAUGAAUCAGAGUGGACCCAUCAGGGACUCGUGGUCAACGUCAAUCUCCCAGAUGGUGCAUAUUUCAUCACUGUGCGUGCCCUCAACAAGGUGCAAUUUGGUGGUCCCAUGGCACUCACUGUGUGCCACAGCACCCCACUCGUUAUCGACAACACUCCGCCCAUCAUUUACGGCAUCCAUGAUAUCACCUAUGACUCAUCCAUUGGGAGGAUUGGACUGCAGGUCAAUGCAACCGACCCUGAUUCUCAUCUGUUUGAGUAUCACCUCGCAGCAGGUAGGACACCUAGGGACAAAUCGCUACGUGAUUGGGAGGCUCACGUGUUGGCCGAGCAGCUCUUCAUGGACUUCAAGAUACCAAACGGCAUACCGUGCUGGCUUAAAGUCCGAGCUGUCAACAAUGUUGACCUGAGAACUAUCGAUCAUGCCGAUGAGCCAAUUUUAGUCGAUGACAGUCCUCCAAUAGCCGGUGACCUGUUUGAUGGGCCCUAUGCUGGACGAGAUCUUGUAUUUACCAAAGACAGGAAUGAGAUUUGUGCCAAUUGGUACAACUGGUAUGACCCCGAGUCAGGUAUUUCCUCCUAUCUUUGGGCAGUCGGGACCCAGCCCAGCCUGAGUAAUGUGGUAGACUAUAUCAAAGUGUCUCGUCGAGAGCACAGCGCCUGCUCCGGCUAUGUGACCCUGCAGCAUGGUGAGACGUAUUACUCCACACUUGUAGCCUUCCAUGGCGGUUAUGACAAACUCAACGUGUCAGCUUCUUCAGAUGGAGUGACUGUGGAUCUAACUCCACCGAUUCAAGGAAGUGUCUAUGAUGGCCUGCUGCCAGGACCCACAGAUCUAGAAUUUUCCUCAAAGCCCGCCACUGUGGAAGCCCAGUGGGAAGGAUUCUCAGAUCCUGACUCAGGAAUCGAGGAUUACCAAGUCACAGUCUAUCGUAAACACAAUAGCAGCUCUAAUGUCACAAAUGACUUUGAGGUAAUCCACAAGGCCGAGUCAGUUGGCAGGGAUACAUCCUCCAUCGAAUGGCAUCACUUCCACCUCAAACAUAAAGACCAGGUUUACGUCAACCUACGCACCAUCAACCAGGCUCUGAAUCAUAUCGACACCCCUACUAAUGGCUUCUUGGUGGACCUGACCCCACCGAACCUGCGAACCCUGGGAGACGGGCUGGUGUAUGGAGAAGAUGCUGACUUCCAGUCACAUUCUGACAGUCUUGCUGUACACUGGGACUACUUUGAUGAUGAGUCAGGCAUUGAAUCCUUUGAACUGGCCAUCUAUGAGAUGCGACAGGGGAACAAAAUCAAGAUCUUCCCUGCAGACUCUGACCCAAACAGCUUCGAAUUGAUCUCGGACGUCAACGCAAAGUCGCACAUGCAGACCGGUCUAAUGUUGCGUGGAGGGUCUAUCUACAUCACGCGUCUCAAGGCCAGGAACCAGGCAAAAUUGGUAGCGUCUCACGAGACGAGCGGCAUUAGGGUGGACCCCACCCCUCCAGUGAUGAGAUAUGUCCGUGGUGGCAACCUGGAUGGAGAGAUUGAAGAAGUCAUCUAUGGGUACUUGUACCAGAACAGUCACAGCACCAUCCAGGCAUCUUGGCUAGCUGUGGAUGGACAGAGUGGUAUCAAGAGCUACUGGGUGGCAAUUGGAACAGCUCCAAAUUCCGAGGAUAUCCAACCUUUCACCUCUCGUGGCCCCAAAGGCAACAGUGUCCUCUCCAAUUUAGAUCUUCAGCUCACAGACCCAUCUACCUGCAGCGACGAGGCAUUCACUGAGGGUUGCCAGCCAGUCUACUACGUGUGCGUUAAGAGCGAGAAUGGAGCAGGGGCUUUCAGCGAUGUCGUCUGCUCCUCCCCGAUCAGAAUAGUUGAGGAGGAUCAAACAGGGUAUGUAACCGAUGGCCCCAGCAUGCUGCAGGAUGUAGAUGCACAACAUGAGAGAACUACAGUCACCAUCUGGUUUGAUGAUUUUGAGAGCCAAUUGCAUGGCAUUUCUCACUACGAGUGGGCAGUGGGCACAACCCCUGGUGGUGAAGACAUCCAACCUUUGACCUCUGAUGGCAUAGUGCCUGGCAGUGAUGAAGACGCACCAGGAUUAGCAGGUAAGGGCAAGGCCCAGUCGCCUCUACCCCUCCAACACGGCAUGACGUACUACAGCACGCUGCGAGCCAUCACCAACGGGGACAACGUCUUGGAAUCCACGUCCAAUGGCUUCACGGUGGACAUCACACCUCCUGAGAUCAUGAUCACCGACCUAGGCCAGUAUGAUGCAAGCGUAGAUCUGAGUCUGGAAGGCGGUAUUGCCCUCUAUCAACCCAACACAGACUCCAUAGACGGCACGUGGGAGGUUUCAGACGAGGAGAGUGGCAUUACCGCUACCUACUUCUCCAUGGGGCAGUACCCAGGAGGAAGCAAUGUGUAUCCUGUCACCCAAACCAAUAAAUCCUAUGUGCCCCUAGCACUAAUAACUCCUUCAGAUAUAGGGCUGCCCAAUAUUCUCACAGUGCAGGCCAUCAACAGCGUCGGGCUGAAGCGGACGGUCUACACCACAAGUAUAACUGCUGAUAACACACCACCCAGUGUUGGUCAGGUCCACUGUCCUGCGUUCAUCCAUGCUAACAGCGCCCUGCUGUGCAGCUGGUCAGAUUUCCUGGAUGCUGAGUCUGGUAUUGACCACUUCCACCUGUUUGUUGGCUCAGCACAGGGUCUUGAUGACGUGUUUCAAUCUGGCUACCUACCUGGGCAUCUUUCUCACUACAGUGUCAAAGAUUUGAAUCUGAUUCACAACAAAGUCUACUAUGUCACCGUGGAAGCUUUCAAUGCUGUCAAUCAAAGUACAACAGCAUUCUCUGGUCCUAUCGAGAUUGAUGAUACUCCUCCAUCUUACGGCCUGGUGGUAGAGCUGCCUGGUGUGUACACCUUCAAUUUCAGUGAUCCUGUGACUCUGCCGGAAUGGGACUGCACAGAUGAGGAGGAAUGCUUGCGCCUGGACGGAGAGUGUCUGGAAUCACUCACCCAGCUACAGAUCCUGUGGCAGGCAUUCACCGACGAAGACACCCAGAUCACUAAGUACGAGGUUGCCCUGGGCACCACGCCUGGAGGAUCACAGGUCAAGCCAUUCUACGAGGUAGCCAAGGACCAGACUUCAGAGCUCAUCUCUAAUAUCGAUCUGAGCGAUAUCCACAAGGUCUACGCCACAGUCAGGGGCUAUAAUGAAGCAGGACUUACCAGCACUGCGGUGUCCAAUGGCAUCUACGUCAGCCGGUUCAGUGCUGGACUCCAACCACUCCGACCAUUCGAGGUCAAGGACGGAGUAGAUAGCAAUGACAUGGAUGACUCAGACUUCCAGACCGCCCUACAGGAGCUGAGUGCAGCAUGGGAUUUCAGUGGAGAUCCUUGCCCAAUGAAGAAGUAUGAGUGGGCUAUCUACAGAAUUGAUGGACAGGAAAUUCAACCAUUGACUGACGUUGGAGAACAGACAUCUGACUCCAACACAGAUGUUAAUAUGAUAGACGAUGAAACCUACUACACCGUGGUACGGGCUACCAAUGCCCUCGGCCUGGCUGUCACUGUUCGAUCUGAUGGGAUUACUGUCAAGCGGGAACCCUUGAUACCUGGCCAGGUCUACGAUGGCCUCCUGGUGGGCUUCGAUUUGACCUACCAGAAGGAGACAGACACCAUAUCAGCAAGCUGGAAGGGUUUUGGAAAGGGGACACAAGUAGCAGAAACUGUAGAACAUACAGGAAACGCUGAGGUCAACAAAGGCCAAACCACCCAGCAAACUGUUGAUUUCUAUGAGGCAGCAGUUGGCACUGACCGGCGCUACCCCAAGACCAGAGACAAUGUAGUACCCUUCACCUACAUGGGUCAGAACACGUCAGUCACCUUCAGAAACCUGGAUCUCACUGCCCUCGACUCUACCUAUUAUGUAACAGUCAGGGGACACAGCGCUAGUUUCUCUACAGCUGAGGUAACAUCAACUGGGAUCAAAGUUGGUGUGGAUACCCAAGUGAUUGUAACUGAGGUUGAAGUUCCAGAUUUUGUGAACUCCCUGUCUGAGGUCAAACUUCAGUGGGACAAAUUUGAAUCCACAGUCCCCAUUCUGCUCUACUACGUUGGCCUGGGCAAACCCUCUCCCUCUGUCACACCACCCGAAGACAUGGAUUGCCUGGAUAUGCUGCUGGUAACUCCACAGUCCCGGGCUACGUUCAGUGAGAGAUCAAUGCAUUUUGUGGGCAAAGACACCUUUGUGGAGCUCAAGGGCCUAAAUCUGACACAGGAGGGGUCUUAUUACGUGACUGCUGUGGGCAUGAACGAAGCAGGGCAGUGUAAUGCCUCUACCAGCUACUUCUCUAUUGAUGUCACUCCUCCCACUGAGGGUCGAUUGCGUGCUGGGCCUUUCUACGACAUGCUGGUGACAUACACCGACAGCGACGAGUCUGUGUCUGUGGUGUGGGAAGAUUACAAGGAUGACGAGAGCGGAAUCAAAUCCUUCAAUCUCCGCCUUAUGCAAGCUGCAUCAUGUGACGUCAGAGAUGACAACAACUUGACACCGGUACCCGACCAAGACUGGCUGGUACUUGGCCCAGGCAUCAGGGAUCACACAUUUGUGGACCUAAACCUAGAGAUGAACCACCCUUACUAUGUUCAGCUGUUAGCUGUGAACCAGGCAGGCGAUAGUGUACAGACCCAAGUUGGACCCAUCUUUGUGGACUUGUCAGAGCCAACAGUCGGGCUGGUGGCAGAUGGAAUGGACUUCAAGAUGGAUAUUACAGACAGUGGAGACCGAAGCCAAGUUUCUGGCACAAUUCUCCACCUGCCCAACCCAGUGGGUCCCGCCUGUCCAUUGAGGGACAUUCCCUUCACUGAUCCGCAGUGGUCAGCACUUGACUUCAAGGGACUCUGGAACAUGAACAGGGACAAGUGGGACUUGGAGUACCAUUCACAGCAGGUGUUUGCAGCCAACGAGAGUUUGACACUGAAGAUGGAGCGGGACACUAGAGGGCCACGCAUGCUGUCUGGGGCCUAUGUCACCAAUGCUCAGAUUGUCAGGAGCUCUGAGUAUGAGUUUGACUUGAAAGCCGCAUCAUCGGAACUGCACAGCGUGACCAGUAUCCUAUUCUGGGAUGGCCCAGAUGGAGUGAUCGGAGAGUUUGACUUUGGUGGACGAGAGAACUGGCAGGAAGGGAUCUGUCAGUGCUGCUACACACAGCCUCUUAAUCAGUCGGCUUGCCCAUUGUGUGAUUGCCUUGACUUCCUUGGCAUAUCUGAUCCUGCGGACAGUAAUACGACCGUUGCUAUUCCCACGGUCAAGUCGCAACCCAACGGUGCAACCACAACAGAGGCAGCCCAAGGCCUGAUCAUGACCACUGCCAAAGUACCGUGGUCCAUCGAGAGACCUGACGAAGAUGGAGACAGUAUCUCUGAUGACAAAAGUGGCAGAUGGAUUCCACAGAGAGCCUGUGGCUUCCAACUCUAUCCAAAUGGAAAUAAAUCGCAGGCUGUCUUGUGGUGUCGCUACUUUGAGGAUGACUGGCCAAUGACGUCAAACAUUGUGGAUCUGGACUACGACCCAUCAGUGGAAGAGCGUCAUUAUUCCAUUAACUUCAGGGUCAUGCCAUUUGAUGCUGAUGAGGAUGAAUGGUCCUUUGAAGUGAAUGUUGAUGGUAAGCUGCUCUCCUCUGUGACUGGUGUACCAGUCAUGUCCUCAUCUACAAAGCUCAUCCUUCAUGUCUUCAAUCGUAACAGCUACAUUCCUGAACUGCUGGAUCCCUUCAGUCCUCCAUCGGUCACAGCAACACUCCGAAACCUGAGAAUGCCACCUGACCAGAGUAAGCUGUGUCGUUAUGGGGCAUCAUUCAGGGCUGGGACCAGUCCUGUCUCCCGCUACUUUGCUGGUGUGGGCUCAGUGGCAGGGGCCACAGAUAUCGUGGCAUUCCAGGAGUUUGGAAGGCCAUGUGUCCCUUGCAUCAGUCCCUGUGAUCGUUACCAGUGCGACCCCUCAUGUUCCAUGGAUGCUGUGGCCAUCACGUUCACACUCACUGACCUUCAUCUGCCCAGGCUGGAGCUCCUGAAUGGAACCAGUGUUGAUAAUGACACAAAUGCAACAAUGCCAGCCCCCAGACAAGAUGGGUUACAGUAUCCAUUUUUCUUGACAGUCAAAACAUACUUGGGAAAUGGUAAAACUGCAGUGGCUUCUUCUAACGGUUUCUACAUUGAUGACACUCCAGCUCAGCUUGAUGUGUUCUUCUACACUGACCCCAACUUCAAUGAGUUUGAGCCGACAACUUUCCAGUCCUCAGGUUCUACAAUUAAAGUCUUGUGGAGUUUCGUAGAUUUGGAGAGUGACAUUAAGGAGCAUUAUUGGGCCAUCGGAACCUCUAGAGGUGCCACAGACCUGCAAGACUUUGUCAACGUUGGGUUGAACCAGACGGCUAUCAGUAAGAAUCUGACAGGGGUAUUGCAGCACAACACAACAUACUACGUAACCCUGAAGGCUGUCAAUGGAGCAGGCUUGGAAGCUGUAGUGGAAUGCGAUGGCAUAACUGUCCUUCUGGAAGAACCCACUGCGGAAGGAGUUAACACCACCUCCAUGUUUAGCGAGAAGUUUGAGGAAGAAAUUUUCCCACCAGACGUGGAGAAAAGUAGUGACCCCUCGAAGACUGGGACCUCCUGGUCAGAGUCCAGUGACAAAUCAGUUGCUCGCUACGAGUACUGUGUGAGCAGUUCAGCAGAGCUCCUCGAAGACAUUGUUCCCUGCAUGGUCGUUGGAGGCAACUCGUCUGGCUCAGUUGCCAUUGAGGAUGGUGUGAUCAUUGUCCGAGCCGGUGACCGGGAGGAGAGGUACAGCCUCACUGACUUCCAGAUCCCAAAAGACUCAACCAACAUAACGGACACUCCACCUAAGUUCAACAUGGAACCUGGCAAGACUCUUCACACUUGGAUGAGGGUGUGCAAUGCGGCUAAACGCUGUGUGACCAAAUCUGCAGGAACAACCACUAUACUCGAGGAUAGUGACAUGAUGAUGACAUCCACUGACGGUACAGACCUUGUCCUGGCAUCACCAACUAUCCAGAGGCGGAGGAAGAGGGCAGUAGAUAACCACUUUGAUUUCACUCUGGCUACAACAGGUGGUCUCCACCAGGGCGGCUCACUCCUCGUAGGCUUGCUAGAUGUGAACCGAACCAACCAAGAGUUCACGUCUGAUGCCUCCCUUGAUUAUAAACCUUACAUCACCGAUCCUCUGAACACUAUCCCAUACACAUCAAGACUGCUCAGGCAACGGAUACGUUUUGUGUAUGAGCCAACAUUCUAUGUCACCAGUCUUGGGCAGACAGAACUGCGGGGACCAAUGGUGGUCAGCCUUACUCUAAGCGCACCGGGGAGCUGGACCGAUGCAAAACCUCGGCUUAUCUACUGGAAUGUUGAUCAGUCUGAGUGGCAAGAUGCCGCCAAGACAUGCAGUGAAGUAGAUAAGAUUACUUAUAACGAUGAUGCAAAUCAGGUCAACGUGGAGGUUUGUUCUACGAGGUCUUCAGCCUCACCACCCUCAGAGGGGAGUCGCAGGAGGCGCGCCACGGACUACGUGACCUUCUUCAGUCGGGAGACCCAGUUUGCCCUGGUCCAGGUCACCAGCACCAUCCCAAACAACGCACCAGAGAUCACAAACCUGCCCGACAACUUCUUCAUGAAUGAAGAUGAAGGUACUUUGGUUUACACUCUCCAGGCCAGCGACCCUGAAGAUGAUAUCUUAAUCUUUGAGCUGGUACCAAAUGGAGACAUGAGAGGAGAAGCAAAUAUCACCCAGGAGGGUGUUCUGAGCUUCACGCCAUGCCUUGACUGCCAGGGAACCUUCACUCUGCAAGUCACUGUGAGAGAGGUACAGUCGUUGCUUGAGAUAACGCCACUGUCUACUACUGUUGCCAUUUCUAUCAAUGUCCAACCAGUCAACGAUAACCCUGUGUUGUACAUCGCCCAGGAUGGGAACUCUGUUGGAAAUGGCAGAAUGGCAUUGCUCACUGUGGAGCAGAACACAGGAUUCAACGUCGCCUACAAGGACCUCAGCUUUCAGCUCGGAGCCUUUGACCCAGACAUCAGUGACAACCUGACCAUAGUGACCCAGCUUCCAUCGUACGGCACCCUCAGGCUUGCAAGGGAAUCGAAGGCAGUGCCAACUCAACAGAACUGCCACCAGUCCUCUGGUGCGGAUGACAAAGUACCAGCCAUCCCCUGUGGACUCGAUAUACCACAUGAAGUGGAGGACAUGAGUUGGACAACAUCCACAUUCACCUAUACUCCAAAUUCCAACUACCAUGGCAGGGAUAGCUUCCGGGUCCUUGUUGAGGACCGAUCACAGGCUGUGUCUCAGCUACUGGAGGUACAGAUUGCAGUGCUGGUCAACCCGUGCAUCAACGAGGGCAUCUGCAGAGGCCCUGCUGAAGACCCAGACUGCACCUCUCCUGAAAGGAGCAAUGGGUUCGAUUCCUACUCCUGCAUUUGUGAGCCCGGAUGGGUUGGUGAGAUCUGCCAGACCGAUUUGGAUGAAUGCCAGUCCAUACCGUGUGAAUACCCAUAUGUCUGCUAUGACCGCCUCGACGGAUACGACUGUGCCUGCCCGUUAACUGACCCGGUGUGUGAUGACCUGCACUGGAGAGUGAAGGUAGUCCUUGGCGUGGUUUGCAGUUUGUUGAUUCUGUUCGUUAUUGCUGCUGUUGUCUUCUUUGUGUAUAAGAAGCGAUAUAUCAAAUCAUGGAGCGUAUCACCUGAACCUGAUGACGAUGGACUCCCAGCAAUUUCCCAUGAAAUCAAGGAAAACAGUACCUCCACUGCAGCUGCUGAUAUGUCCAUGUUUGUAGUCAGCACUGGCGAAUGCAAACAUGUCGGCAGUGAUGGCGACAACCAGGCUGGCACCAGCAAUGUGGGUGAUGCUUCUUCUGAGAGGCCCAAGUCAACAGCAUCGGUUCAUUCCAGUGGUUCUGGCAGCUCUGCAAGUUCCAGCGGCUCUUCCAAGAGGUCAGGCAAGAAGUCCAAGAGGCCCCUGUCUGGCCUUGGCCGCUCCAAUGCCAUUGGAGAUUCUUCCCUCAUAGUGGCCAAGGAUAGUGAGGGUCAUGAUCCAGGGAGGUCCACUUCAGUGGACCCCAGUCCCUCAGUGAGCCCCACUGUAGCUGAUAAAUGGGCAGAGCCAACCUUGCACACUCAGAGCUCAGGAAGUCUGAAGAAUGAUGCCAAUCAGAGUGGAGAAUCUCCAGAUGCCAAACCUACGGAGUUUCAGCAGGAAACUUCCCUGGGGUCUGACACCGAGCCCCCUGAUCCUCAGCUUGUCCCUUCAGUAUGGGUGGAGCCCCCCAAGAGCACUUCGAGCCUGAAGAAGAAAACUGGGGCCAGUAAAGGAGAGGAGAUGCUGCUGUUUGAAAAGAGGAUUCCACGCUCUGACAAUCAGGAUGAUUCCGACCAAAACCAGCCUGCUGGAAGCCGUGAGAGCUUCAAGGAUUUCAGAGACACGGACCUACUAAUGGAUAUCGACGAAUCGCACGUGUAAUGUCAGAGGCCACCGAACCAAUGUUUGCCUUUGCUCCCUCUCCACAUCUGGUCAAAAACACGACAAAAACUUCCCCAAUCAAAACAAAUAAAUCAAUCACAGAUGGCAAAAUUUCACAGAUUUCAAGAUUGUUAAUCCCCCUUAAAAUGUCCCAAACGUCGCCAAUUUGGAGUAUGGUUAAAUAAGUCCUUUUCAUCUAAUAUUCCCUUUAAGAGGAUAAAAUCUAAAUCACAGGAUCACCGGACAACUUGAUGAGUUAAUAUCCUACAAAUUCUCCACAUAUUAGCAAGAACACAUGCUGUGUGCAGACUGCGAAAAUAAAAACCGUUCGAUUUUCCAGCACCCGUUCAAUCAGAAUUUGUGCAAGUCUUUUAAUUUUGCCAAACAUCAUAAAAUGUGUAAAGAGGCACAUCUACUAAACGUCUUGUUCGCCCAGGCCCAGGGGAGAAAUAAGUCAAAGGAUUAAGGACCUAGGAAAUGAUUUUGAUAGCAUUUUUUAGUUUAUUCUAUGUACUCAUAUUCUGUUAAGUAGCAACUGGUAAUUUAGUUCCACAAUCUUCAGUAAUAUCACAAAAUAAUUGUGAUCGAGACUAGAGUGUUGGUUGUUACACCUCGAAACGUUUGCCUCAAAAUAUCUGCCCUCUUUCACAGAUAAGAUGGCUUAAAUGUUAUCACUGACAGAUACAACACAUCAUUCAAUGUUUUGUGGAAACAAUUUGGAACACUAGAUUACAAGACAUUAUACCACCUAAUCCUGGAUACAGCAAUAAUACAGAUUCUUUACAAGAGUUGAAAAAAAUUAAUUAAAAUAUUUGAGCCGCUGUAGCAAUGAAUAAUAUAUCAGCACAACAUAGAAGAAUUAUUUGGAUAUUUAAACAAGGACCAACAAAUUACACUUUAUUACUCAUUGUUACACUACAAGCUUAGUACGAAUUAGAGUAAAAAUUCAGUUUUCCUUUUACAUUUGGCCAAUUAAGUAAUUAAUCUAGUUCAUUACACCUGUUCAAGCUGAACUGAAAUGUGUUUGUUAGUAACUAUAUAAACCCAGAUUGGAUUUCUUAAAAUAUAUCAUUAAUCAGCAGUAAAUGUUACCCUAUACAUUUUGAAACCUAGAAUACAUUUGGCAAAUCAGCCAGCUAACAAACCAUUCAUGUGACCAAAAGUUGAAUUGAAAUAUACAUUUGGUUAAUAUCUUAUACUCGAAAUUAGCACUGUAUCCUACAAACAGAAUAAGAUUCAGAUCUCAUAUACUGUAGCUACUGUAGUUAAUAAACUGUUGUCGUGAGCAACAGCAUAUCCAUGAA